UCCUCACGUCACGCGAGAACGCAACCUGCUUGUUGGCUAACUGUGUAGCCUCUGAAGCGGGCUAGCGCGUCAACUCUUUCGUUUUGCCCCCUUCGCGUUCGGACUGCGAUGGAGGUCCUCGCAGCCGGAGAGGAGGCCGAGGAGAGGCCGCAUCAUCGGCCGUUCCUCAUCGGUGUCAGCGGGGGAACCGCCAGCGGGAAGUCGACGGUGUGUGCCAAGAUCAUGGAGCUGCUGGGCCAGAACAAGGUGGACCACCACCAGAGGAAGGUGGCCAUCAUCAGCCAGGACUGCUUCUAUCGCGUGCUCACUGCCGAGCAGAAGGCCAAAGCGCUCAAGGGCCAGUACAACUUUGACCACCCAGAAGCCUUCGACAACGAGCUGAUGUACAAAACUCUGAAGGACAUCGUGGAGGGCAGAGUGGUUCAAGUCCCCACGUACGACUUUGUCACCCAUUCCAGAUUGGACGAGAGGAUCACUGUUUACCCGGCCGACGUGGUCCUCCUGGAAGGCAUCCUGGUCUUCUACCCGCAGAAAGUGCGAGACAUGUUCCACAUGAAGCUCUUUGUGGACACCGACUCGGACGUGCGGCUGUCUCGCAGAGUGCUACGGGACAUGACCCGAGGCCGGGACCUGGAGCAGAUCCUGUCGCAGUACACCACCUUUGUCAAGCCCGCCUUUGAGGAGUUCUGCCUGCCUACCAAGAAGUACGUGGACGUGAUCAUUCCCAGGGGAGUUGACAACAUGGUGGCCAUCAACCUGAUCGUGCAGCACAUCCAGGACAUCCUCAACGGCGACAUCUGCAAAUGGCAGCGGGGGCCCGUCAACGGGCAGGGCCACGGCCAGGGCCACGGCCAGGGCCGCCCCUUGAAGCGGGCCAUGGCGGGCGAGUGCCACCUGCAGAGCGCCAACCCGCCUGGAAAGCGGGCCCUGCUGGAGCCCAGCACUCGGCCACACUAGCGGCCAGCACCAUUUCCAGAGACCUUUAUCUGAUUUUGGAAUUUGCUGUUACACACGCAAAGUUGUAUUCGAUAACACUCGACCGGGAAAUUUGAAAAAUGUUCCAAAGUGGAAACUUUCAAUGAGAAUUUUGGGGAAAUGUAAUCAGAUUGUAAUGUAAAUAUCAACAUCUCGUUUCAUCCGAAACAGAGAUUCACGUUGUGCUGCUUUUCCUGGUGUGCGCACCUUGGCCACCAGGGGGCGGUAGAACACAGGUGUCCAGAUUGUUAAACAGAGUUUCCCAUUGUGCUUUUAUUCCCAUUGAAAGUUUCCAACUUUAAAAAAGGUUGCAAGCAUACAUACGGUCGGUCUUGUUGCUAGACUAAUAAGCUGAUUUAACGAUUUCUUUUGCACUGAUUGUGACCCAUCUUGUUAAUAUAUUUCAAGUUUGAACCCAGUGAGAGAUGUUUUUUGUCCACUGGAGAUUAUUCAAUGCCUUAAACACUUUCCAUGUAACAGGAAUGUUUUUUGCGUGUGAAUAAUAUAUAUACAUAUAUGAUGACGAUGAUAAAGUGUUCAUGUAUAGAAA